CAAGCCUUGCUUAGCUUUCGUUAGGAAUGAGACCAAGCCUCCCCAGAAAAGAAUAAAAGGAAAACUUUGAAAUCACUCAAACAUCUCCUCUGUCUCACUCUCUCUUCCUUCCCCUGCAUCGCUGUCCAUCACCUUCCUUCCUUCCUCUGAGGAAGAUGAAGAGAAAGAGGAAGCAGCUGAAAGUUGUUAGCAGAAGAUAUACAAAACUAAAGGUGGAGAGGGGAACGGAAACAACAAUACUUGAGAAUGACUUCUCUCCCUCCACCAGCACCCUAACCCCAGUUUCUUCCCAAGACAAACCCAUCUCACCAAAUCCCAUUUCUUUUCUCUUCAAACAAAAAAAAAAAAAACCCAACCUCCCCAACAACAGAGAAGCAGAAAAGAUUGCUUCUUUGGAUGUAACCGUCGAUUCGGAGGAAAUCCCAUCACUUCUCGUCCUUCACGGCGGCAGCAAUGAAGCAGAGGAAGAACAACAACCUCUCUGUUUUCGUCGUCGUCUUCUCCGUCUUCCUCUUUGGGAUUUUCAUGUACAAUGAAGACGUCCAGUCAAUGGCCGAGUUCCCCUUCUCCUGGCCCACUUCCCCAGAAGCGGCCCAAGAUCCCGACCCAACAACCACCGCCACCGCCAUUUUGGCAGCGGCGGCAGAGCAAGGGAAAAUUAAGCAGGGGAGUGAUGAAAUUGAAACCGCGACCCAAGAAGCAGAGGUAGUAGAAGUAGAAGAAGUAGAAGGAGAUGAUGAUGAUUUGGACGACGUGGAAUUGCCGCCAGAAGAUUGCGAUCUGUACAACGGCCAAUGGGUGUUCGACAACGAGACGCACCCGCUGUACGAGGAGGAGAAAUGCGAGUUCUUGACGGCGCAGGUGACUUGUAUGCGGAAUGGAAGGAAGGAUUCCAUGUACCAGAACUGGAGGUGGCAGCCCAGAGACUGUUCUUUGCCCAAGUUCAAGGCGAGGCUGCUGCUGAAGAAGCUAAGGAACAAGAGGCUGAUGUUCGUUGGUGACUCGCUGAAUCGGAACCAGUGGGAAUCAAUGAUUUGCUUGGUUCAGUCCGUGAUCCCUCCGGGUAGAAAGAGCUUGAACAAGAACGGUUCGUUGGCUGUUUUCAGGAUCGAGGACUAUAACGCGACGGUGGAGUUCUACUGGGCGCCGUUUUUGGUGGAGUCGAAUUCUGACGAUCCGACGAUGCACAGCAUCCUGAACAGAAUCAUAAUGCCGGAAUCCAUCGACAAGCACGGCGCCAACUGGAAGAACGUGGAUUACCUCAUCUUCAACACCUACAUCUGGUGGAUGAACACCUUCGCCAUGAAAGUCUUGCGAGGAUCUUUCGAUGAAGGAGCAACGGAGUACGACGAGAUCCCACGGCCCGUAGCUUAUCAGCGAGUGUUGAACACGUGGUCCAAUUGGGUUGAACGAAACGUGGAUCCCAACCGCACCACCGUGUUCUUCAGUAGCAUGUCCCCUCUCCAUAUCAAGAGCGAGGACUGGGAGAACCCGAACGGGAUAAAGUGCGCGCUUGAAACGGCGCCGGUUCUGAACCAAACGAUGCCGCUGGAGGUGGGGACGGACCGGCGGCUGCUGGCCAUAGCGGCGAACGUGACGGCAGGGAUGAAGGUGCCGGUCCACUUCAACAACAUAACGCGGUUGUCGGAGUACAGGAAAGACGCGCACACGUCGGUGCACACGAUCCGGCAAGGGAAGAUGUUGUCGCCGGAGCAGCAGGCGGAUCCGGCGACGUACGCCGACUGCAUACAUUGGUGCCUGCCCGGGCUGCCCGACACGUGGAACGAGUUCAUCUAUACUCGCAUUAUUUCUCGCUCCUGACAAUUUUGGGAGUGGGGGGCAGGAAAGUAAUAAAGCCCACAACUACACAGCAAAAGGGUAAAAAAGAAAAAAUGAAAAAUCGAUUUUUGGUUCUUUUUUUUGAAUUAAUUGAAUUUUUUUGGGGGGUUUUGGGCAAUAUUUCUUUUUCAAAUGUGAAGAGCGUUACUGUAAAUUGAAAAUUUCAAUAGUAGGAUGCCUCUCGAUCGAUAAUCAAUUGUACAACUCGCAAUUAAUCAUGUCAUGUCGACUGUUGUCAUUUUGAUUUUUUUACUUCCCUUCACAGAAACUUGAAUUUGAGUGCCGCUGUAAUUUUCAUGUUGGAAUGACGGCUUUAGCCUACAGGGCUAAGGGGAAACUUAAGGACAUAAAAUGAGGAGAUUCAGCCACGGUAAAUGA